CAACAUUCGCGCCCAAAAACUAUUGCUCAUCGAAUCACAAAUGCGCUAAAUCUCCAAAUUGAAAUUCACCACAAGCCCUAGUAACACGAAUCUUCUCCUCCUUAUUUCAACUCGAAUCUUUGCUCAUGGAAAGAUUUCAUUCCAGUUGUGAAGAAUCUAUAGCAUUUUACUCGUUUGCUUUUCGUCCAUCGUAUAAAUACGAGGAUGGCGUGGGGUUUGUAAUGCAAGGUGGUGUUGAGUUUCACCCCCGAUUGAAUUUGCUAGGGUUCAUUGUACGACUUGAUUUGAUUUCAGGAUAUAUCUUCUCACUCGUUUUCAUUGAUCAAGCCUCAUAAAGUUAACAGUAUUUGAAAGCUAUAUAAGAUGGGUUUCCAUGGAAACGACCAUGAUGAUGGUGUUCAGCAAACACAAACCGUGAUAAACAAUGGAAGAGAAAUCAUAUUGCAGGCUUUCAACUGGGAGUCCUGUAAACAUGACUGGUGGAGAAAUUUGGAGAAGAAAGUACCCGAUAUGGCAAAGUCUGGGAUUACAUCAGCUUGGUUGCCGCCAGCAACUGAUUCAUAUUCUUCUGAAGGCUAUCUUCCACAGAACCUCUAUUCUCUCCAUUCCAAAUAUGGUUCUGACUCUUUGCUGAAAGCUUUAUUAAACAAAAUGAAGCAGUACAAUAUUCGACCAAUGGCUGACAUAGUCAUCAAUCAUCGUGUUGGGACUACCAAAGGGCAUGGCGGAAGGUAUAACCGCUAUGAUGGGGUGCCAUUGUCGUGGAACGAACGUGCUGUCACAUCUUGUACCGGUGGCCUGGGUAACCCAAGCACUGGUGAUAACUUCCAUGGGGUUCCAAAUAUUGAUCAUACACAAGGCUUUGUUCGAAAAGACAUCAUUGGCUGGCUAAAAUGGCUACGGACUGUUGGUUUUCAGGAUUUCCGCUUUGACUUUGCAAGAGGUUAUUCUGCGAAAUAUGUGAAAGAAUACAUUGAGGGCGCAAAGCCAAUAUUUUCUGUUGGAGAAUACUGGGACUCAUGCAGCUACAACGGGAGCUACCUGCAAUACAACCAAGAUAGUCAUAGGCAGCGUAUUAUCAAUUGGCUUGAUGCCACAGGGCAGCUUUCAACAGCAUUUGACUUCACAACAAAAGGGAUUCUGCAGGAAGCUGUUAAGGGGCAACUUUGGCGUCUGCGUGAUGCACAAGGAAAACCACCAGGUGUAAUGGGAUGGUGGCCUUCAAGAGCUGUAACUUUCCUUGACAAUCAUGACACUGGUUCAACUCAGCGUCAUUGGCCAUUUCCUUCGGAUCAUGUGAUGGAGGGUUAUGCAUAUAUCCUCACGCAUCCAGGGAUACCGUCAAUCUUUUAUGAUCAUUUUUACGACUGGGGCAGUGUCAUUCACGACCAAAUUGUGAAGCUGAUCUAUGUUCGUAAGCAGCAAGACAUAACCAGCCGAUCCUCCAUUAGGAUUCUUGAGGCUCAGGCCAAUCUUUAUGCAGCCAUAAUCGGAGAGAAACUGUGCAUGAAAAUUGGCAGCGGUUCAUGGUGUCCCAAAGGUCCUGAGUGGAAACUCGCAGUUCAUGGGCACCAAUAUGCAGUUUGGCAUAAAUAAGCUCAACGACGAUCAUAUGUAGUUCCCUUCUAUAAGAUGAUAAGUUGGUGAUCUCGAAAAUGCAAUACGAGAUUCUGAAUAAACUCAUGUUUGUGUUACCGAAUAAACUAGUCGAUCGAAUAACGUAAUUGUAGUUUUCAUAUUUCUUGCAAAGAAAUUGUAUCCGUUGCAUUUAUGGGAGCUUUUACAUUGGCCAGUUUAAUUUUGUUAAUAAAA